AAUAGUGUCAUCUGUUGAGAUGGAUUCGAUGAGUUUAGCUUAUGGCUGUCCUGAUCUCAGAAUUCUUGAUCUUUGUGGCUGUGUAUUAAUUAUAGAUGAGAGUGUUGUGGCUUUGGCAAACCGGUGUGUACACUUGAGGUCAUUGGGGUUAUACUACUGCAGAAACAUUACAGACAGAGCGAUGUACUCAUUGGUUCAAGCGGUAUGCGAUACAUUCCCAGCACUCCACACUUGUUCAGGCAGGCAUUCACUUGUCAUGAGUGGUUGUCUCCAUUUACAAUCAGUUCACUGUGCAUGCAUCCUCCAGUCUCACGAAACCCACACCGCUUUCCCUCACCGGCUCAUUGAACCGGUGUGUAAGCCAGAAGGUCUUCUCUUUGGUAUAUGUGUACACAUAAAAAAGCCUAUGGUGUUCAAUAAAAACUUCUUUGAGUUUACUUCUUGUCUUUUGAUGCAAAAUCUCAAGAUUUUAACAUUAUAUACAUUAUAUCAAUCUUGUAAAUGAUUGCCAAAUACUUAUAUCUAACAAUUUGUUAA